CCCUGUGUUUGAGUGACAGGGAUACCCUGGCAGGAGUCAGGAAGUGGCUGCUUGGAUGCUGUCAGUUGUCCUGUGUCUGCUGGGAGGAACGCACUGCCUGCACCAUGGCCAGCGGGGAUAAGACCACCUACUACACCCUGGAGGAGAUACAGAAACACAACCACAGCAAGAGCACCUGGAUCAUCAUCCACAACAAGGUGUACGACGUCACCAAGUUCCUGGAAGAGCAUCCAGGUGGGGAGGAGGUUCUUCGGGAACAAGCUGGAGGAGAUGCAACCGAGACCUUUGAAGACAUUGGACACUCUACAGAUGCCAGAAAUAUGUCUAAAGAUUUUAUUAUAGGAGAACUUCAUCCAGAUGACCGAUCAAAGCUCCAGAAACCCGCAGACACGUUUAUUACUACUGCGGAGUCUGAAUCCAGUUGGUGGAGCAAUUGGAUUAUUCCAGCUUUGUCUGCUGUCAUUGUUGCCUUGAUGUACCGUUUCUACAUGGCAGAGGAAUAAGCUCUGUCUAACAGAAAUCUAGGGAAGGAAAUCGCAAAACUCUGGACCAGAAAGAACUUCCACGUUUUACAAUGGCAAAAUCAGUUUAAUGCAAGAGCAAAUACGUUGUGCCACAGAACUGUAUCUUUUUACUGACUGAUUCAUUCACAUCCCACUUCACCUUUCAUUGAAUUGAAAUGGCAGUCUUGUCCUGUUAACAUUUUUUUUUGGUUAAUAUACAGGAAAUUGUUCAACCCCACCAGCCUCAACUUAUCUAUAAAUACCACAUAUACCGUGAAUAAAUUAUGUAAAAUAUUGACAUAUUGGUAAGGUUCACAUAGCUUGUCAUCUAAAGAUGUUAUGAUCUACGCUAUACUUCUAACUAUAUAUAAUUAUGCUAGUUGGUAAACUCGUAUAGAAUAAAAUCUAUAUUCUAUAUAUACAUUUUUUUUACUUUGUGUUUCCUCUAUACCAGAAUAUUUUCUUGUGGUAAUAGCUGGUGCUGUUUUCAUGUUAUAAUAUCUACCCCAAGCUAUUAACAAUAAUGAUUGUGUUUUAAUUGUUGUACGUGAAUGUUUUUACACUACUUAUAACAUUCUAAAUAAUCCAGUGGAUUUGUUACUUUUGUUCCAACACUAAAUAAAUUGAACACAAUUAUUUCAGAUCAUUAAUCUACUUAAUGAACCAGGAUUUACAAUUAAACAAAACCACUCGAUUUGUUUUCCGUCCUUUUGAGCACUCUUCCUGAUCUCACAUCACCUAGUAUAUAUAUAAAAAAAAAAGCCUUAAAUGUGGAAACCAAUUGUAAAUGCAGAACUUGUACUUGUGAUCUUAUUACAAUGAUUUGUUAGUAAUUUUAUGAUCUUGGGACUUGGAAAGUCACUUGCUCUAUCUAUAUGCUGCAUAAAAACUUAUCAAAUAUCUGACACACCUGAUGAAAUGUGAGUUUAAGAAAAGACCCAGCAUACCAUGUCAACCAUUUGAUUUGGUCUUAAUAAAAUAAAAAAAAUAACCAUUUUUA